GCAACGCAGGAAGCGUCCCUGGAAGCAGAGCUGCUGGUGCAGGGUUUCGGUUUCUCAUCCCACAAAAUGUUGGCUGUGCCCAGUGGCCGGAUGGGGGACCAGUUGAUCCUAGAGGAGGAUCAUGAUGAAAACUACUUACCUCAAGAGCACGAAAUUCAAGAAUAUGCGAGAAUGAUUGGGAUCAAUCCAGACACAGAAACUGAGCUUAUGUGGUUGGCUCGGGAGGGCAUUGUUGCUCCCUUACCACCAGACUGGAAGCCUUGCCAGGAUGUUACAGGCGAUAUCUAUUACUUCAACUUUGCAACUGGCCAGUCCACAUGGGACCAUCCCAUAGAUGAGCAUUAUAGAGAACUUGUUAUACAGGAGCGUGACAAGCUGCAGGGUCAAGGUGCGGGAAAGAAGAGGGAGAAAAAGAAAAAAAAAGAAAAGAAAAAAGAUAAGAAACCAAAGGAUAUUCCCAAACCCGUAUUGUCUCUCGGAUCUCCACUUGGGCCUGUGCAGGGACCAAUAGGAGGUCUAGCUCCUCUGCGGGCACUGGGUGAUUCUACUGGAAGCUCUGGAGUUAUGCGAGGAUCUCAGGGCAGCAGUACAGGAAGCUCUGGCGAAUUUGACAAUCUUUUGGGUGGAACAUCUGGUGUAAGAAAAACAGCAUCGUACAUCAAGACAGCCACAGGAAGACACUCAGAGGAAAGAGUGAGUCUCACUCUACCUGGUUUGGCAGAGGAGGAUGAAAAUGGUGAUCAAGAAAGUGAAGAUCAGAGCCCACGGGGGUCUGCUCGUCUUCUUAAAAACUUGCAUAUGGACAUCGGAUCUCUGGGAGGCGGCUUUGAAUAUGAGGAAAGUGAACAGAAAGAGGAAUCUGCUGCACUGAGCUGCACAGAAGAGGGCACGGAGCCAGAGCUGCAAAACCUUGGAAAAUCAGAGGAUGAAGAGGAGAGCCAGAAAGAGGUGCCACUGGGCAUGAUACAACUCAGUAGUGACGACAUGUACCUCCCGCAUAGGAGAUUGAUGGGGAGUGGGAAAGUGCAUCCAUCUUCCGUUUCCGCUGCUCUUUCAUCACAAGCUGGCCAAGACUCCAGUGUGGGCAUUGAUGAGACUUCCCAGGCUGGAGAGUGUGAGCUGGUGCACGGUGGUUCUCCAGCUGAAAUGCCUGCACAGAAACAAGAGCCUGUGCCUGGUUCCCCUGACAGAGAGACUAAGGACGGAGAAGCAUCUGAAAACUCUGCAUCUUCCAUGGCUGGAGAGCUGGGUUCUAGUGCCAGAGAUUGCAUCCUGGAACAAGAUGAGCGAGAUGAGUCUGACGCUAGCGAAGGUAUAAAAGAUGUUCCUAAGUCUAACCAUGGAACCACGGAUUUUCCGUUUGGUGUACAAUCCUUUGAAAAGGUUCAUGAUAUUACAUCUCUAUCUCCUCGACCUGCUAGCCCAAAAGAAGCAAUAGAAGAAGAGGUAGAUGAAGAUGUGGAAGAGGAAAUCAGUGAUGAUGACUAUAUGGAGCCCAUUAAAGGACCACUGGAUAAGACUCAGAGGCAAAUUCAUCCAGACACAAAGAAUGCAAGUGCUACUAUAGAACCAAAGUCUGUAGAGGAACCAUUUACCUUGUCAGCAGAAAUAUUCAGAAAUGACAGUGAAUCUUCACAAAAUGCAGAGAAGAAUUCUAGGAAGGUGUCUGAAACCUCUAAUCAUACCGGACCACCAAAACUCUUGGCUGAGCUUCCUAAAGCUUCAGAUAACAAUUCAAGAAUUAUUGCUAAGCAGGAGAAAAGUACAUUAGAAGAAGAACAUAGACAGAAGCUAGAGGAUCUGAGAGAAAUGUUUAGCAAAGAGGAAGAAGAGAAGAAACAUACUCUGCAAGCGCUCCAUAACAAUAGCAUCAGAGCCUUGGAGGAAAAGCUGCGGAAAGAGUCAGAAGAAGAAGAAGCCAGGAUGAGGGAUGCACAGAAAAAGAGACUGCUCAAGCUGGAAGAGGAACUUGUUAAAGAGAGAGAACUAGAAGAUUUCAAAAUCUCCACUAAUAGUUUUGUUUGGAAAAAAGAAAUGGAAAUCAGAGAAGAGCACAGACACAGAUUAAUAGAAGUAGAGGAGGAACUCUUGCAGGAAAAAAAUGACCUCUCUGAAAAACUGAAACUAGAAACGGAAAAACGAUUGGAACAAGAGAGAGCUACUAUCCUGCGUGAAAGAGAAGUUGUACUUAAAGAGCUGAGAACUAGGCUUGAACAGGAAAUUAGGACGGCCAUUGAGUUAAUGGAGAAGAACCAUGUGCUGGAACUGGAGCAACUCAAAGCAGCAGCUACAGAGAAACAUCAAAAGGAAAUGUCUGAUCUGCAGGAUACCAAACCUUUGGUAGAGGAGGCAGACGUUUCUCAAGCUCCAAGUAAUUUAUAUCUCGCCAAUAAAAAAAAGUCUCACAUCUUGGAUUUUGAAAAAGAGAUGAGUGAUCUCCUGCUGGAAAAGCGUAAUGAGGUACAGAGGGAACAUGAAAGGCGAUUAGAGCGCAUGAAAGAGGAACACAGACAAGAAAUGGAAAAAGUGCGGAAGCAAUUUGAAGAAGAGGAGCAGACCCAAAGGUCACAGAUGCUGGAAAAGUUACAAGAGGAGUUAGGGAAGUUGGGCAGACAGCAUGAAAAUGAGGUUCAAAUCCAACGAAAGGAGCAGGAAAGACAUCUGGAAGAGAGGCAGCAUAGCUACAAGGAGAAGGAAAAAAUUAUAGAAGAUUUGGAACAAAACCAAGAAAUUAGAAGAAAACAGCUUGUGGUAAAGAAAAGCCAACUAGACCGUGAGGAAGAAACAUUAAGAAAAAUAAAGCAAGAACUUGCAGAGAAAGAAAAGGAACUAGAAAGAAAGACCGAGAAUUUUAAUGUGCAGGAAAGUGCAUUAAAAGAGCAAAUACGCCUAAAUGAUGUAUUAAAACAAACACAUAGAGAAUUGGAGGUGAUGCAAGACCGGAAAUCUGAGCUAGAAACCCAAGUGGAGAAACUCCACAGCCUCUACGCUCACCUUCAGGAGACCACAAGAUUUUAUUUGUCCGAUAUACAGGAAGAAACAUUAAGAAAAAUAAAGCAAGAACUUGCAGAGAAAGAAAAGGAACUAGAAAGAAAGACCGAGAAUUUUAAUGUGCAGGAAAGUGCAUUAAAAGAGCAAAUACGCCUAAAUGAUGUAUUAAAACAAACACAUAGAGAAUUGGAGGUGAUGCAAGACCGGAAAUCUGAGCUAGAAACCCAAGUGGAGAAACUCCACAGCCUCUACGCUCACCUUCAGGAGACCACAAGUGACUUGGAGGGUGAAAUAAAAAGCAGACAUGAGAAACUGAAAGAGUUGAGCAACGAAGAAUUGAUGAAUAAAAUAGAUUCGGAACUUCAUCUUGAGGAUCUGACGAAGAUGAACAGCCCCAAUCAUACCUCUAACAUUCCUUAUCAAACAGACAUUCCAAGACCAUUCCUGUCUUCUACACCAAUUCCAGCAAUGCCCUCUGCCGUGGAUGACUUACGUUAUUACAUCUCCUCCCAAGGAGCAUCUAUACAUAAAGCUAAAGAUUUUUUACGGCUCCAGACCCAUUCUAUGUGCCGACGGCAGACUUUGCUUAAGGCGGCUAAACAACAGUGGCGUCACAACAUGCAUGAGGGCCAAGAUUCAGAGCAAGCUCACCAACUAGAAGGCAUCAGGAAGAACUUAGUGGAGGAGGCUCGUAAUCUAAAAGACAUUCAUGACACAAUGGAAAAAGGACAAGUUCUGCUGCAGCAGAAGGAACAAUGUCUGCAGGAGCUAGAGAACUCUCUUCUAGAGGAGGUGUCUGAAGAGGAGGCAUUGAAAGACAGAAGAAAUAAAAGGCUUGUGACGUUCGAUGUUAGUGACUCUGAUGAUACCAGCAGCGUGAUGAGUAUGGACAAACACAGAUGUCAUAUGUUAGGAUCUGUGGACUGUCUUCCACUAAAAGUGAAGCAUCUUGCUCAGUCAUUGCAUCAUAUCACAGCUGAGCUUAAUGAUGUUUUGACAUCACUCGAUCCGUUCAUGUCUGAUCCUAGCUCAGUGAUGCAUUCAGAGAACAAGCAUUCUUCAGCUCCAGGCAUCCCUAUAUCUACUUAUGUAUCAAUGUCCAAAAUGGACCAUCGGAUGGGCGUCCACUCAUCUUCUCCAUGGGCCUGGAAAUCUUUUGUCCCACCCAGUAUGUCAGCCUCCUCCUCUGCCACUCAGUCAGUCAAUGCUCUUAUGAUGGAGAAGUGGCACAAGUAUUUUCCAGGGUGUUCUCCUUUCACCGUUGACCAGUCUCGGCAUUCAGAAAAUAAAUUUGGAUAUGUUUCUGCAGGGGAACAGCUUCGAGAGAUGCAGAGUGCAUCAUUCCAUUCCAAGUACACAGACAAACACAACAUUCAGGCAAUGAUUGACAGCAACAAGAAAUGGUUACAAAACUUCAAGCAUGACCCUAAAGUGCCACUAGACUCACCCAGAUCUCCAGCAGGAGCAGGACUUGUACAGCUGGGUCUAGAUGAAAAUAAUCAAAUCAGAGUAUUCCAGUACUAACAAAGAACAGGUAUCAGACAUCUAUUGUCUGACUCGCUUUACCAGAAGAAUCAACCAAUAAGAGAUUGCGCACUAAUGUCAACACAAGCCAUCCGAUUAAUUAGGAGGUACCAAACCGGAGCCAGUAGAUUUGGAUUUGCAAGCUUUGGUCAUUACCGUAUGCCAAAAAUACUGAAAAUACAAGAAGGAACUGCUAUAUUCAGCAAACC